GCAAAACCCUAGAAACCAAUCUAGGGUUUUGAUCUUGAGGCCAAUUAUCUAUUUUUCUUGUAGUUGGAAUUGAAGUUCCAAUAUUUCAAUCGUCGUCAUUGUUUGCCCUGUAUUAUUUCUUCAUUUGUUUUUGAAAUUCUGUUGAUUGUAGAAGCGUUAAAAGUAGUACCAAUUGGUUGAGUUCUCUGUGAUUCUUCCUCGAUAACUGGCUUUAUUCUUUAUAACAUGUAAUAUUUCCCUUUAGAUUGAUAUGUAUAUGUAUUAUAAUGCUUAUGUAGAGCAUGUGGGUGCUAGUAGUGUUUACUCUGUGUUACAUCAAGAUCAAGUUGGAGCCCUUUUGUAGUUAUGUAGUUAAUUUUUACUUUUUUCUUUUAUUUUGAGCCCAUCACUCUGGUUCAACCUUUUCUUCUGCGUGAACAUAAAAUUUCCUUUGCUGGUGAGAGUGUUGGGUGGAUUUGCUUUUAUUUCCUUAAUCUAUUUGUUUAGGGUUUUUGGUACCAGGUGUGCAUGUUAGUAUUUGUCAAAACGAUCAUUUUUCUUGUUAUUGGUUCUUGUGCUUUUGUAUCUGUUUAGAAUAUCAGCUGAGUAGUGGCAGAUUUAUGCACUGCACAAUGUAGUCAUUUGAAUGCAGGUUUUUGUUUUUAAAUGCUGGGUUUCUAUUUGCUUUCUAUCAGGGCAAAUGGCUUACCACCUUUCUUUAUUUAAGUUCCUUACAUGUGAAUAAAAAUUAAAAAAAAUUUAGUGAAUCUUUUUAGUAGAUUUUUUGGAUGUUUGAAGGAGUUUAAGUGGUUUUGUUAGUUAUCGAGUUAAUCAUUCCUCAGUAGUUACGCCAAUUGAACACAUUUGUCGUGUACUGGUUAUGGUACUUUAAUACCCUAAACUAGGUAAAAAUCAACAGCAGUUACUGAAAUUUAGGGUACAGUUCAAGUGGAAUAAUAAACUCUAACUUGCACGCACCAUUGUUGAAUUUGCAUUUUUAUCACAAUGUCACCACUCAUACCAACCAAAAAGCAUAAUCAUUGAGAUAGGCUUUGCUCUAUUAUGGCCUUUAGUGUAAAAGAGCAAAGGCAGCCUUAUCUGUAAUUACAUUUUCUUUUGUCAGUGUAGAUGGUGAUUUUAAUUUUGUAACCCACUUGAAAUUUAUUCCAAAAUUUAGUAACUGCCAAUGAUUUUUACCUUCUCAAUUCUCUUGAAUGCAAUAGUUAGAUGCCAAAUUGUCUUCUGUAAAAAUAACUAAAUGGUGGUCCAGUCGUAGACCAGAAGUCUUAAUACCUUGAACAUAACCAGUCUCAGCCUUGUCUGUUCUCAUGGCUGAUGAAAUACUCUGAACUUUGAUUUGGUUAGGUUUAAUGAUUCUACCAUUUCAGGUAUGCUCCUGUCUUUUACAGCUUGAUUAUUGAUGUACUGUAGACUUGUUCUUAUGUGCUAUCACGCUUUGGUCAUGAUUCAGUUUUCGAUAAUUAAUUCACAGAUUCGUGUGCUAUGGAAAUGUGAACAUAUUAUAAUCCACCUUCAUGGAAAGUCCAAUUUGCUAUUCUUGGUUAUUUUCUGUUUACGAAUCAAUUUAUUUUGUUUUACCUGGUCAUAUAGUUUGCAGCUAUUUCUUGUACUUAAGUUGAUAUAUUUAUCUCUUUUUCUUGUGGGAAGUACACUUGAGCUUCUCUCUUUUGUAUCAUUUGGGCGAAUCUAUGCUUGUGAAAUAUUUUUGGUCUCUAUGAAAUUGCUCUAUUCUAAGAAAAGUUUUUUCUUUUUUGGGCCCUUUCCUGAAACAGCAAAUAUCCUUCUCUAAUUGAUGGUAGGGAUUUGAUAUCUGGUGCAUGGUAGUAAUCAGCAAAAAGAGCUGUAAUUUUAGGACAUUUAAUUGUGCUUUUGACAUAUUGGUGAUGGAGUCAAGUUCAAAAGUUGCAAAGGCCUGCAAGGAAAUGGAGACAAUUGGCAUUCCUGAAGAAACUGUAAAACCAGUGCUGAAGAAUCUUUUGGAUUUGUAUGACGGAAACUGGAAGCUUAUUGAAGAUGAAAACUACAAAGCUCUUAUUGAUGCUAUUUUUGAUAGUCACAUCCCUAAGAGAGAGAAAACUACAAAUCAUGAACCUUGGCCAGAAGAUGAACCUGAAGAAUGGGAACCACCAUUAAAGAGAUCUCACUUCAGUGGCCAAACUGACCAAUUUUUGGUCUAUCCUGGUAAUUCCAGCACUUGUCUUGGUGAAACUAGCUUAGGGACAGAAGAGGAGGCUUCUUGGUCUCAAACUCAUGGCAAGCAGAAGAUGGGCCUGUCUCAUCAUUGUCAUAUUGAAGGUGAAAAAUCUGAAAUAGAGCCUGUUUCUUCUUUGGAACAUUGUAAUGGCAAAGAAAGGAGACUCAGCUCAUCUGCGUAUUUGUUAGUGGAACAAACAAUACAAUCUGGACAGUCCUCUAACAACAGCAGAGCUGAACCAGGCUGUCUUUCAGCACCCCCUGUGGAGAACCUGCUUGGUCAACAUCACAACAAUUUCAUAAUUCUUGACAGUCAAGGAGUUGCUUAUGACCGCUUGGAUGUUGAUGACCAAGUAAAGUUUGAGAUUCCUCUUGCUGUCAUCCCUCCAGAUGUUAAACAAAAUGACUUGGGAUCCUUGGCAUCAAACCAUCUAACCUCUACAGUUGUCGCUCACAUCACUCAGUUAUCUGAAGAUGGUUUUUCAAAUGAGAAUCAUUCUCGUCCUAGAGGAACCAGCUUGGAGCUCAUGGAUUUUGAUCACCUAGUUGGGGAUAAAGGUGAUGGUGCAUCAAAUUCAUGGCUAUUUGACAUUGGUUCCUCUGCUAAGGGAGACGUGAAAAUUUCCCUGAUCUGUAACUCUUCUCAGCUAACCAGUUAUCGUAUCCCAAGUAUAUAUGCAGUUAUAAAGCUGGUUGAGGAGAAAUAUCUCAAGACAUACAGAAUUACUCAACCUGGGUUCUCUUUGCUGAAACUGAUGAAAGAAGUAUGUGAAUGUUUUUCGGCAGAGGUAGCCAAUUGCACUGAUCGUAAUGGAGAAAGCAGUUCUGUGACUUUAACAUCAGCUCUUGCUUUAUCAAAAAAAUUGAGUGCAGAAGAUGUUUUGCUUGAUGGAGGGAAUGAAGUUGGUUUCUGCAUCCCACCAAGCUUUCAAAAUGGGGUGUUCAGGUUUAGGAAUCUUAUUGAUGUGCUUCCCCAGAUUCCGAGGGUUCUCACUUCGAAUAGAUUGGGUUUUCUUCAUUGCAUUAUAGGGUUGAAUGUAGAUGAGAGUGGGUAUUGGGGAGGAGAUCAAAACACUAUGUCACUGGAAGGAUCUUCACAUUCAAGGAGUCUAGUGAUGGUUCAAAAGCACAGCUCCUAUCUUCCCCCCUCAAAGGUUCCACAAUAUAUUGAUGAUAUUACUAGAGGUGAAGAGAAUGUCAAAAUUUCAUUGGUGAAUGAAAUCAAUGACGAGUGUGCGCCAUCCUUUUACUACAUUCCAAGAAACAUAGCUUAUCAAAAUGCAUAUGCCAAGUUCCUUCUUGCUCGUAUAUCAGAUGAAGACUGUUGUUCAAGUUGUUCUGGGGACUGUAUGUCACUAGCUGUACCUUGUGCUUGUGCUGGGGAAACAGGGGGUGAGUUCGCUUAUGCUCUAGGUGGAUUAGUUAAGGAGAAGUUUCUAGAGAAAUGUAUCUCAAUGAACUGUGAUCCUGAGCAGCAUGACUUGUUUUAUUGCAAAGAUUGCCCUCUUGAAAGAUCUAGCCAUGGAAUCUUAUCUGGCCCAUGCAAGGGCCACCUAGUGAGGAAAUUUAUAAAAGAGUGCUGGUACAAAUGUGGAUGCAGUAUGAAGUGUGGAAAUCGUGUGGUUCAGCGAGGCAUAACAGCAAAUUUGCAGGUGUUUAUGACACCCGAAAGGAAAGGUUGGGGUCUUAGGACACUCGAGGACCUACCAAAAGGUGCAUUUGUUUGUGAAUACGUGGGAGAAAUUGUGACCAACAUGGAGCUAUUUGCAAGAAGUACUCAAACAGGCAGUACAGACAGGCACACGUACCCUGUGCUAUUAGAUGCAGACUGGGGUUCAGAGGGCAUCCUGAAGGAUGAAGAGGCCCUAUGUCUAGAUGCAACAAAUUUUGGUAAUGUUGCAAGGUUUAUCAAUCACAGAUGCUCUGAUCCUAACUUGAUUGAGAUCCCAGUUGAAGUGGAGACACCAGAUCAUCACUACUAUCAUCUUGCUUUUUUCACAAAAAGGAAGGUGGAUGCUUUGGAAGAGUUGACAUGGGACUAUGGUAUAGACUUCAAAGAUCACACACAUCCAGUUAAAGCAUUCCAGUGCCAAUGUGGAAGCAAGUUCUGCCGAGACAAGAAGCGUCCAAAGAGAACUAGAUCCAGAUCAUGAGUUUCCAGUCGACCAUCUAAGGAAAAAAUGCUGGCAGAAAUAAGGCUCUAAAUAUGGCCGACCUUUUUUAAGUAUCGCUGUGACUAAGAAGUUAAAAACGAGUUCUUAUGAGGGGGAAACUUUUUUUUUUUUUGGGUAUGUUUGUAACUUGGGAAGGUACUGCUUCAAAUUUGUGUACUUGGAUUUGUAUGCAUAUUUGGCACUUGCAGUUCAUCCAUCAAUGUGAGCUCGGUUACAUAUAUUCAGCUGAGGCUCAAAAAGGGCAUGCGAGCUCAAGAAUGUGCAGGCUGGAUUCAUUGUGGACUCCAAAUUUUCAUGAAAACUUGAGUCUCUCUCAUGCAUUGCUUUACUACUGUAAUGCUG